AGCUUUCGUCGCACGGUCACAUUGCCCGUGGUAUUGUUUUUUUCGCAAGUUCAAUUGCAGUUUUUUCGCAACAUAUUUUAAAUUGAAAGCAAUAUUCGAGAAGGCCAUUAAAUAGUGCCAGCCUUCCCAGCUUUAGCUUUCAGCUCCUCCGCUUGCCGACCGCCCGCUCCGGGGGCAACACAUCAUGACCGAGAAGUACGACGGUAACGGUGACUUUUCCACCUUCAACGACGAUGACAACGAUUUUGGCGGCAAGCCACGAAAAUCAGUCGGUGGCUCCAGCGGUGCACCCGGUGGAGCUCACAAUGGCGACAGUUCUGCCCACGAUCAUGGCCAUCAUGCAGCCGACUCUGCCAAUAGUGUCCAGAUAAAUGAGAAGGCCAAUGAGUAUAUACGCGAUUGUAUGGCGGAGAGGAAUAGGAUGGACAGGAAGUUUCCCAUUGCCGAAAAGUUAAUAGAGGGUGAAAUAGAAAAAGUCCAGACCACUGGAAGGAUUCCAUCUAGAGAGCAAAAAUAUGCGGAUAUCUACAGAGAGAAGCCAUUACGGAUCUCACAGCGGGUCCUGGUGCCAAUUAGAGAACACCCCAAGUUCAACUUUGUCGGAAAAUUACUAGGACCGAAGGGAAACUCACUGCGACGACUGCAGGAGGAAACGCUUUGCAAAAUGACCGUCCUGGGCCGCAACUCUAUGCGGGAUCGCGUUAAGGAGGAGGAGCUGCGCAGCUCCAAGGACCCAAAGUAUGCACACCUCAACAGCGACCUGCACGUGGAGAUAUCGACGAUAGCGCCGCCAGCAGAAGCUUAUGCCAGGAUCGCCUAUGCCAUGGCGGAGCUAAGAAAGUAUCUGAUUCCGGACAGCAAUGACAUCAUUCGGCAGGAGCAGCUGCGGGAGUUGAUGGACAGCACUAGUCUAAAUGAGAACGAGAAUGGCAAGAGUGUUUACAAGAAGUCCUCACACGUGACCUCCGGGAACAGUGCCAUGGGUGGUGGGUCGAUUAACACGAUUGGUGGAGUCAAAAAUACAGUUCAUCAUGGUUACAGAGGCUCACAGCCCUCAUCAUUUAGCAAAAAUGUACUAGCUCCUAAACAAAAAGUGAUGUCUAUACUGGAAAAAGCCAGAACUGCCAUGGAUGAGACGUAUGGUCGUGGCUAUGAUGACGGCUUGGGCUACGAUCCACAUCAAUCAUACGACAGCUACUCCUAUGGCAGUCAUGGUCAUGGACCACAUGGUCCCCCCGCAGGCAUUUUAGGCGGCAUGGGUGGCAUCAGUGGUGGAGGUGUACGCGGUGGUCAUUACGAAAGCUCGGACUAUGAGCCGGAUUAUGGAAGACGAGACUACUACCAGCAUUCGCCUGGAUAUGCAGCUGGUGGCGGAGGCAACGGUGGCCUGGGCACUGGCGGUGGCUCUCAAGCGAAUGCAAUCGGCGGCUCUGGCCUUAAUUCCAAUCACAAUCGCAGCCACGUUAAUAGGUGAAAUUUGCUGGGUCCGAGCUGUGUUAGCGGAAUAGCAGGACGUGCUAGUAAUCCAGGAGGAAACAACCAGAAUCUGAUCAUUAAAUCCCAAACCAAUAGCACCAAUAACUACUUGCCCGGACCAGGAGCAAGUGAGUGCCAAGCAGGCAAGAACUUAAAUUCAAAUUACUUCUUUAAUGGCACUAACAAGCCACAACAACAACAGUCGCAACCAAAUCUCCCACCGCCACCGCUAUCAACCCACAACAACAGCAACGGCAGCCAGAGCAACCAUAUGAAUAAUCACACAAUUAAUAACACCAAUAACCAAAACCAAAAUCAUAACAAUAAUAAUAUUAAUUGCCACAGUCGCUAUCACCAAAUCGGUGAGAAGAAAUCCAACGAUGUUUCAUACUUAUCCUCCUAUCCAGUCGGCCAGAUGGAUGGCCAAAAGAGUGCCAACAACAGCAACAAUCACACACUAGGCAGUAAAAAUCAUUACAACAACAACAUCAAUAACAACCACACCACCACAACAACAACAACCGCUUCAGUGCCCAAUAUGCUAUUAGUAAGACCUGCUAAUCCUUCUUCGCUUCAUAUUGGCACAUUUCCGUUCUUGCCAGUGCAGUUUUUCUGAAUCCAAGCCAUACAACAACACCAGUAACAACAACAACAUCAACAACAACCAGAACAACUAACUAAAAGUAGAAAAGCUUUUCGCAAAAAAAAGAAAAAUCAACAUCCACAUCAACAUCCACAUCAAAAAUACUUUGUACACUUGAAUUCGAAUUCAUAAGAUUUAAAGUAAGGUGGGAAGGAGGGGGAGGGAGUAUUUACAAAAUGGACAAAAUGAACUUUACAAUAUAUAUAUAUACGACGACUAUUGACAAACAAAACAAAAAAAUGAACAUAUAUACAUAACAAAUAUAUUUAUACAUAUAUUUUUGCGUGCAAGGAGUGUCCUUCAAUGAAGAUGAGGCUGGAUCUACAAAUUAAUACUUUACUUUCAAACUUCAAACACAAAAAACAACAAACACACACUCGUACGAAACUGUGUCCGGUUUUUUAUCUCUAUUUACAACAAAAAAAAGAAUACAUCUUAAAGAUAUUCAAUGAGCCUGAAUAGUGGGGGUAAUCAGUAAUUAAGCACACGGCUCAGCUUAAAGUUGGGCUGGGGAUAUAUUCAGACAUUAAAAAAUACAUAUAUGAUACUAUAAUGUAUGAAGUACAGAGAGCGAAUCCAACUGAUAGAGAAGACAAAGCUAUGUAUAGGAGAGUAGCCAAGAACCGAUGAUAUGCGAUCGAGACAAAAUCUAUGAGAUUAAUUAACUUAAUAGAAUAUAUAAUAAUAAUUAAUACAGAGGGCACAUUUAAAACAUAAUUUUAUUUAUAUAUGCGUAUAUGGCAAAACUAACAAUACAGAUAAAGAAAAAAUAUAUAUAUAUAUAUUAUAUACACUUACAAAUUCUAAUAUUUACAUAAUUAACAGAGAACAAGUAACAGAUAAACUUUAAAAUACCUUAAACAAGAAUUAUCUAAUACUCGAACUAUCUAAUAUAUCGAAAUACUAACAAUCUACAAAGUUAAUAAGAAGAUUCAAGAAUACUGGAGGUACAACAGACAUUUCAAAUGGGAGAUCUCAUUUGAGAUCUCUGUAGGCUCCUAUUAUAUACAAGUUAAUUGUGAAACAAGGUCCAUAAGUGGAUAAUGCUGCAAAUGAUUACUUUAUUAAAACCCAAUAUACGAAAACAAUAAAAGAGCAAAGAGUUAAAGCGAACCACUAAGAAUAAUAAACAGAAUACUCGAUUUACUUAUACACAUGUGCAAAGUUAAUAUUAAACGUAAUAACGUAACUAAAUAAUAUUAAACGAAUAACAACAUAAUUCUAUGUACUUAACCCAUCUGUAACCCAUGAGGCCACGAGUCUCCAUUAAAUACACAUACUUAACUAACAAAAACUUAAACCCUAAUUAUAUAUAAUCGACUUGUAAUCGACAAUUCAAACAGUUGCCAAGCUCAAUUUUCGAUUUCUGUUUACUGCUAAACCCAAUUAGUUUCUAAAUUAAAGUAGAGCUUAAGUAGAACCAAGAAAUUGUGCCAAAUGUAUGUGGGAAGAUGAUCUCGUCGAGAUCGCCUCCAUUAUUUGAAAUUACCAAUUGAAAUGCCAAUUUAUCUAUGUUAUUUUUUUUGUAUUUGUCUUAAUUUCGGACUACUUGGAGCUAAUAAAUUGUACUUUACUAACGCCAUGAAAUAAAUAAUACUCGAAUAAGAAUAUAUAAAUCGAAUAUCUUGUCCAAAAAAGAAAAAGGAAAACAUUUACUUACAACCACGUGAAAUGUUAAAUUGUUGAAAACAAUUAAAAUCUAGUUUUAAUGGAAUAUCAGUAAUAAAUAUAAUACAAAGGA